UGAAGGAGAUAUAACACAAAUUCUCAACUCUUUGCUUCAAGGCUAUGACAACAAACUUCGCCCAGAUAUAGGAGUGAGGCCCACGGUAAUUGAAACUGAUGUUUACGUAAACAGCAUUGGACCAGUUGAUCCCAUAAAUAUGCUGCCUGCAUUGACUACUGUACUGACAGCUUUCUGGCCACACCAUAACUGACAUCUUUGUCUCCUUAUUGCAAAUGAAUAUGAAUUGGCCCUGGAAAUAAGUUGAACUAGAGAAUCUGAAAUGAGGAGCUCUCAGGAGACAGAGCUGCAGCAGAUACUUGUCAGAAAUUAGCUAAACUUCUUAGAGAUGGGUACAACAAUCUUAAAGUGAAGAGAAGAAAAAAAGAGUAAAUAUCAGACCUUAAGGAACACAUACAUUUAAGGAUCUGAAAGAUGAUGCUGAAGUAGUAAAAGAAUCACAAGGAAUACACAAUAGAUAUAAUUUUUGCCCAAACCUGGUUUGACAGUCGUUUAAAAUUCAACAGUACCAUGAAAGUGCUUAUGCUUAACAGUAAUAUGGUAGGAAAAAUUUGGAUUCCUGACACUUUCUUCCGAAACUCAAGAAAAUCUGAUGCACAUUGGAUAACAACUCCUAACCGUCUGCUUCGAAUUUGGAAUGAUGGACGAGUUCUAUAUACUCUAAGAUUGACAAUUAAUGCGGAAUGUUAUCUUCAGCUUCAUAACUUUCCUAUGGAUGAACAUUCCUGUCCACUGGAAUUUUCAAGCUAUGGGUACCCUAAAAAUGAAAUUGAGUAUAAGUGGAAAAAACCUUCUGUUGAAGUGGCUGAUCCUAAAUACUGGAGAUUAUAUCAGUUUGCAUUUGUAGGGUUACGGAACUCGACUGAAAUUUCUCACACAAUCUCUGGAGAUUAUAUUAUCAUGACAAUUUUUUUUGACCUGAGCAGACGAAUGGGAUAUUUCACUAUUCAAACCUACAUCCCAUGUAUUUUGACAGUUGUACUUUCUUGGGUGUCUUUUUGGAUCAAUAAAGAUGCUGUACCUGCAAGAACAUCACUUGGUAUCACUACAGUUCUGACCAUGACCACCCUGAGCACAAUCGCCAGGAAGUCAUUACCUAAGGUCUCCUACGUGACUGCGAUGGAUCUCUUUGUGUCCGUCUGUUUCAUUUUUGUCUUUGCAGCCUUGAUGGAAUAUGGCACCUUGCAUUACUUUACCAGCAACAAAAAGGGAAAGACCACUAGAAACAGAAAGCUAAAGAAUAAAAGCUCGAUGUCCCCUGGACUCCAUCCUGGAUCCACUCUGAUUCCAAUGAAUAGCAUUUCUCUGCCACAUGGAGAAGAGGAUUAUGGGUAUCAGUGUUUGGAGGGCAAGGAUUGUGCCAGCUUCUUCUGUUGCUUUGAAGACUGCAGAACAGGAUCAUGGAGGGAAGGGAGGAUACACAUCCGCAUUGCUAAAAUUGACUCCUAUUCUCGAAUAUUUUUCCCAACAGCUUUUGCCCUGUUCAAUCUGGUGUAUUGGGUUGGCUAUCUUUACUUGUAAGUUCUAUGUGCCAGGCCAAAAUUGUAAGAAGUUUAACUAAAUCCAAUAUAAUCUCUUGCACUUCAGUAACGUGAAGUUUAAAUUCAAAAUGCAGAGAAACCACUGGUUAAAAUGUAAAACCACUGUAACUGUUCUAUGGCUUCAUAGGUAAAUAAAGCAGCAGCUUUCAUGUUAAUUUACUUACAUGUAUGUCAAAGGGAUUAGUUGCAAAAUUCAAUAGAGUAAAAUAGUACAUAUAUUUUUACUUGAAUCUUAUUUAUUUUACUAGUAUCCUUGAGAUUUUGAAUUCAUAAGUUCCGUGGUUCAUAUUUGAAAGAUGGAAUACUUUAAUGACUUUAAUAAUAUUUUAUUUAGAUAUAAUAUCACUGUUUGUAAUGGUAGCCUAAUCUCAUGCCUAAUGUUUAUGUAGUAAGUUUUUGCUUAGAAAAUAUAAUUAUUUUGAUUUUUUUUCUUACACUUUAUCUGUAUGCUCUGUUUGGAGUAGAGCUAGUUAAAACCAUGAAGCCAUGAUUUCCUGGCAUUUAUAUCCAGAUGCAUUCACUCUCAAGAACAAAUUAAAUUAGAAGAAAAUGCCAAUUUUCACCUUAUUAAAAGGCCAGUUUUUAUCUGUAUUUGAAUCAACACUAUUUCCUGACACCAAUAUUAAAUAGAGCUGUAGUUACAUUUAGUUUUGACAGUUUACAAACUCGGAUGGAAACCACCAUAGUCAUUUCUUUUAAAUUCAAGGUGAAAAAAUAAAGUUACAUUUAACCAUUUUAUUCUCUGCCUCACAGCAUUUAUGAAGUAUGAAGAAGUUCACACUGAAAUGUUUAGAUCUACUAACACUGAAAUUAAAUACAGAAAGAAUUGAUUUUUUAUGUUCUACAAAAGUAUUACGUUCCCUAAAUUUUCAAAAACAUUGAAGAACAACAGUGCUCGUAUUUACUCAUUGUGGAUAAAGAAUUAUCUAGCAAAUUGAGUAACAGAUCAUAUUAGGGAUACAGUCUUAAAUAUGUACUACCAAUAAUUGCCAGACUAAAAAUAUCCUAGAAAUAUAGUUUUAGGCGCGUGUCAUAUAUUAUCUUUUCCGGCUCCUACAUUUGGACUCUUGUCAGAUUUACAUCUUUGUUAUAAAUUGUUAUGAUGUUCUCUAUUACAAAAAAUGAGAGCAGGCUCAAAAAUCAUGUUAAAAGUGGAAUUCUGUUAGAGGCACCUCUAAGGAACAUGAUUGCUGGAGCCUUCUAAAGUCUUAGAGAUAGGAGCAGAGAAAGCCUCACUGUAGUAUAAGGCCUGCUGGUUAACAGUUUCCCAAAUGCUUCUUUUGUUAAGAGUAGAGUUAACUCCAGGCUUUAAUCACUACAUUCCUGUAAAUAGUUUGGCAUCUCCAUUGUUUAUAAGAACUCCACAUUCAUUCACUACCACCUAAUUUUUUUGGAAGAUCCCCAAAGUGAUCUUGGAGAUAACCUUUAAAAACUGUUUUCAUUGCCAGAGCAAGUAUGAGGAUACAGAGUUUUGUGAUCAAAGCUUAUAUCCUAUGGCAUGUGGAAGGAGCUAGCACCUGCGCAUUUGACACUAGUUUUUAACACAGUAAUUCCCCCACAUGGUUAGUGAAUAUAUGAGUGGGGCUCUGGCAUGGUUAUAGUUACUGUUUUAGAAUAUAUAGGGUUUUUUUUAAUCUAAGUACAUUUCAUUGUGUAUUCCUCAGCUAAAUCAGAAUUUUUUUUAAUUUUGAUUCUAAACCUCUGAAAAAAAUGUAAGCAUGAAUUAAGUGAUAAUGCCCAAAUAUCCACCGACACUACCUUUUUUGAAUGGAGAGCCAAAUUAAACUUUGGCGUGUAUAUAUUCACUUACAAAUUAUUCAUGCAUUCACUUUUUAUAGCUGAGUUACUGAUGGAUAUUCUUAAUGUGAACACUCAUUUAUGGGUAAAUGGAAAAUGAAGUUUCAUGAAGAAUAAACACCACUAAAAUGUGUUAUGGCUAUUUCCAUGUUCUAAGCUAUAACCUGUCAAUUUCAUGAAGGCAAUUUAAAUUCUGGGAUUCUUCAACUUUAUCAGAGCAUGACUGUAUUUUAAAAUACUUUAAAAUGCUUAAUAUAAAUAGCUUUGAUUUUUCUCGUUGGUGUUCCAUUAACUUGGCUUUAAAUGUUGGCAAUAUUAACAAGUGGAAAUAAAAUUAAUAAAAAUAUGAAAGACACUUUACUAUAUACACUCAUUGUAUAGAUCAUGGAAACAAGCACUUUGUUUUCAAAGCCAGUGGCAUUUUGAGCAGUUUUGUUUAAAUAUGUAGCAAAAGAGAGGUGUACAAAUCAUAAUAUUUCUAAAAAUGAGAACAAACAGGUAAAGAUGCAGUUAGAUUCUGUUUACAAGAAAUCAAGUCAAACUUAUUUUCGGGAAAUGCAGUCUAAUUCCUGACCCCUUCUUCUUUCAAGAAGUUUUACCAUCUUUAGAAACAAUUUUCUGAGAAAUCCUCCUCUUCUUGCAGAGUUACGUCUGAAUUUAUUGGGGUCACUGGAAUUUGCACUUCCUAGCUGCUUUAAAUGAUUUUAACACUAACAUAGAUCAAAGAAGUGGAUAGAGGAUAGAAAGCAUAAAUGGAGCAGAAGGAUUUAGAAUAAUUUGGAAAACGUUAAUUUAUAUAAACCCACUCUCUGAAUAUGUGAAAGUUCUGACAAGGAAAAUUGUGAUUAGUACAAUCUUAUUCUCUUGAAUUUACAAUUGCAUGAUAAUAUUUUAUUCUUGAAUUGCAUAGGAAAACUUACACUCACUUGAAAUUAAUUCCUGAAAUGCCAAGUAGUUUCUGGGGGGGAAAAAAAAAACAGGAGGGAAGAAAGAGGGAAGAAAGAAAGAAAGAAAAGAACUUAGACUCCCUGAGAAUUUGGUAAGGAAAGGGCAAAAUUUGUCAGUAAAUCUAAAGUUUUAAUGUAAAUAGAAAUCAGACAAUUUAUUUAAUUUUUUUAAAGUUAAAGACAUAGAUUUCAUUAAGGAGUUGUCAUAACGGAUCAUCUAUAAGUCAAAACACAGUAAAUGUGUGUAAUAAUAUAGACAAUCACCAGGUUGUUUUUUCCUUUAGCAUAUUCCCAUAUCUGACUUCAAUAUACAGUCAUAGAAUAUGCUAGUUUUGCUUAAAUAGCAAGGCCAAUAUUGAGGGCUGCAUGCUUGCCAAUGAUUGAGCAUCAAAAAGAAUGAUUUAUAGUAGUCUCACAUCAAGGGACCAUAAUUGUAAAAUGUGAAAUUGUAUUCCAAGUUAAUAUGCUGUAACAAAAUGCAUCUUGUACUUUGUUUACACAAGAGGAGAUUUAGAUAGGAUCACUUGCUCAAGUAAAAUUUAGGUUAAUAACCAAUAAGUGAAUAAGCACCUAAUAAAUGAAUAAGUACAUAUGUAGGAUUAUCAAACUUCUAUACCAGGGCCCAUUUUCACUUGCAAAAUUUCCUGUAGCAAGAUACCAGAUUCUCAAUUAUUUUUAUUGAUCUUACUUAGCACUGGAAUUGAAGUGAUUUAAUGGAAGAUUUAAUGACUUAACAUUUGUCCCACCACAAACAUUUUUGAAAAUCAGCUACUUUUCUUUACACCAUCAAAUUCACUUUACUUCUCAGUGUCUUUUCAUAUGAAGUCCAGACGUACUUGGUCUCAUGUUUCUGUUGGUUAUCAUUGUUUUUCACUGUUACAAAUCCCUUGACAUGCCACUGUAAAGUCAUAGAAGCCAUUACCAAAUCAUUGUCAAAAACAUUCCAGAUAGGGACGCCUGGGUGGCACAGUCAGUUAAGCAACCUACUCUUGGUUUCAGCACAGGUUGGGAUCUUGGAGUCAUGUGAUCAAGCCCUGCAUGGGCAUUCAUGCUCAGGGUGGAGUCUGCUUGGAAUUCUCUCUGUCUCCCUCUGCUUCUCUCUAAAAGUGGAUAAAGAAAUCUUAAAAAAUAAAAGAUUUCAAAUGGAGUCUCCAAACACUAUCAACCAUACUGCUCUAGGAAAGAUAAGGUCAGUUCCGCCUUUUUUGUCUUUGCAUUUUGGAAGUGACAUCUAGUGCAAAAUAUUCAUGCAGCACUUUCCAUAGAUAAGAUACAAGAGGGAAUAUACAAAGAUGAACUCUCAAGAAACGAUAGCCUGAGCAUCAGUUAUACAAUUUAAGGGAGGGAGGAUAACUCUGGCAAAGGUUCUACAGCUGGGAUCUCGAGAAUUCAGUAUAUGCCGCUACGUGAGGUUAACUAGGGAUCAUACUUCCGGUUGAGUAAACAGCUUGCAUGAAGAAACAGAAGCAUGGGCACAAAUAAAAGUUCCAUUUUAUUUGAAAAUUGAGAUGCAUAUAGAGAUAAUUAAAGAUGAGACAAAGAUAGGUCCAGUCCUGUGGCAAAGAGGCAAGAAUACAAACCUCAGGGGACUGGGUGAUACUCUAAAUCCAUGGAGAGUUCAAAAAGAUACUUAAGUAGAAAAGAGCCAUUAUUGAUACUGUGGAAAUUUCCUUGUAUUGGUGUGUGCUGUUCAGAGUAAGAAAAGCCAAAGCCUGUUAGGAAGCAACUGUACAACAGGAGGUGAGGGAGGAGGAAGGUUAAAGUGCAGUGAUAGUUGAGUGGGGGAGAGCGAGAGCCAGCCACCUGAACUAGAAGGGAAAAUGGAGAUGAAGCUGAGAUGGACAGACAGCAUUAACUGAGUGAUAUGGUUGGUGUGCGCGGGGCACCAGGGCUCCUGUACUGAAUGGUACAGACGUGUGUACAAAUAGACUCUAACCCAGUGUAAAGAAGUUGAUGCAUUACAGCCUGGCUUGCUGUUACUCUGAACAUUUUAAUCAAAUGCUUAUUUUUUUUAUGUUGAUCUGUGUUUCUCCCACAUUAGGGAUGAGGGCAGGAAUAAUCUCCUGAAAUACAAAUCAUAAAGGAUUCUGUCUAGUUUAUUAGUAUUAUUAAUAUUAUUAUUAUUUAAAUCUAUUUCCCAUUGUAAGGGUUUUCUCUUCAAAUACUUCUCUUUCUUUCUGAGGGAAAAACAUGUAUUUGAACAAAGAAAGGAGGUAAACUGGCAAUAGAAAGAGGCUGAGAUGGGACGAGAUAAAUCCAAGGAUUUGUAUUCUCACUUUCUGAAAUACUUGUCUCAAAAUAAAUACGUAGAUUUUUAUUGUUGUGCAAUGAAAUGUACGUGGGCCGUGAAUAGUUGGACUCUGUGAAUGGAUAAGAUAAGCCCGUGAUAACUGUAAUGCAGUUGAGCACAAAGGAGUAAAUAACAGACUUUAAAGACAUGGCUGACCUAAAUGGAAAUAGUUUGGGUCUCGAUAAAUCACUGUAAUAACAGCUAUUUGCAUCCAUUAAGUGUAUCUGGUCAUGUCGUAUAAUCAAGUUUCAUGGCUUGUGAUUGUGACGACGUCUGAUGUCUGCUUCUGCCUUAUUUUGGAGAGCAUUUUGUGAGCCUGUGGCAAAAGUAUUCAACUUUUCAAAGUGUUCUGUACUUUCAUGAUUCUGAGUGCAAAAUAAAGUCAGUAACUUGUCAUGAAAAAAGGGUGUUACAUUCUCUUAAAA